UUUGUGGGGGUGGGGAUGACACGGAGCCCCUACUGCCCCGGUCCCCCUCCCCGCAAGCGGUGCGUCGGUCAGUAUGGCGGGAGACGUGCGACGCGACGCGCUGCCUCAGCGCCAUCGUCACGGCGCUGAGCCUCGUCUUCAUCGUCCUGACGUUCCCCUGCAGCCUGCCCUUCUGCCUCAAGCGCCUCGAGCAGUGGGAGCGCAUCGUCGUCUUCAGACUGGGGAGGCUGCGGGGGGUGUUCGGCCCCGGGCUUGUGUUCGUGAUCCCCUGGAGUGACCGGAGCAGCAGAGUGGACAUGAGGACCAAGGCCUUCUCUGUUCCUCCCCAACAGGUGAGUGUUGCUGGUGUUGCUCCCCAGCAGGUGGGUGUUGCUGGUGUUGCUAGUGUUGCUCCCCAGCAG